AUGUGGGGUCUCCUGCUCGCCCUGGCCGCGUGCGCGCCCGCCUGCGCCCCGGGCCUGGUGGCUUCCGGCACCCCAGUCCUGGGUCUCGCGCCGCCCGGGACCACCAAGGCCUCGUUCACGACCCCGGCCCAGCGAAGCAGCAGCCCAGGACCUGCGGGGAAAGAGAACGGGACCACAAAAAUACGUAUUGUCAAGAAGAAAAAGGUCAUUGUAAAGAAGCAAAAGAAGAUAAUUCGUACCAGACGCCCAGUAACUACUAAGCUUGCAGAGACCCCUGUGCCCCCUAAGGAGCAAAAACCAGACUGUCCCCCUCUAGGCCUGGAGUCCCUGCGUGUCUCAGAUAGCCAGUUUGAGGCAUCCAGCAGCCAGUCCUUUGGCCUUGGACCGCACCGUGGACGACUGAACAUUCAGUCUGGCCUGGAGGAUGGUGAUCACUAUGAUGGCGCCUGGUGUGCGGAGCAGCAGGAUGUUGAGCCCUGGUUUCAGGUGGAUGCGGGACACCCCACUCGCUUCUCGGGGGUUAUCACACAAGGCCGGAACUCGAUCUGGAGGUUUGACUGGGUCACAUCGUACAAGGUUCAGUUCAGCAACGACAGUCGGAGCUGGUGGGGGAGCAAGAACAGCAGUGGGAUGGAUGUGAUAUUUCCAGCCAAUUCCGAUCAAGAGACCCCAGUGCUGAACCUCCUUCCUGAGCACCAGGUCGCCCGCUACAUUCGCCUGCUGCCCCAGACCUGGCUCCCUGGAGGUGCGCCCUGCCUCCGGGCCGAGAUCCUGGCUUGUCCAGUCUCAGAUCCUAACGGCCUGCUCCCCAAGGCCCUGGCGCUGGCAUCCUCUGAUCCUCUGGAUUUUCGGCAUCACAAUUAUAAGGAUAUGAGGAAGCUGAUGAAAGAAGUGAAUGAGCAGUGUCCCAACAUCACCCGCGUCUACAACAUCGGGAAGAGCCACCAGGGCUUGAAGCUGUAUGUGAUGGAAAUGUCAGACAACCCCGGGGAGCACGAGCUGAUGGAGCCGGAGGUUCGCUAUGUGGCCGGCAUGCACGGGAACGAGGUCCUGGGACGGGAGUUGCUGCUGCUGCUGAUGCAGUUCUUGUGUCGUGAGUACCUGCGAGGGAACCCACGGGUCACCCGGCUGCUCACAGAGAUGCGUCUUCACCUGCUGCCCUCCAUGAACCCCGAUGGCUAUGAGCUCGCCUACCAACGGGGCUCGGAGCUGGCGGGCUGGGUAGACGGCCGCUGGAACUACCAGGGCAUUGACCUCAACCACAACUUUGCUGACCUCAACACACCGCUGUGGACAGCGGAGGAUGAUGGACUGGUUCCCCACACGGUUGCCAACCAUCACCUCCCGCUGCCGGCUUACUACACCCUGCCCAACGCCACUGUGGCCCCUGAGACCCGGGCCGUGAUUGAGUGGAUGAAGCGGAUCCCCUUUGUUCUGAGCGCCAAUCUGCAUGGGGGUGAGCUCGUGGUGUCCUACCCGUACGACAUGACCCGGACCCCGUGGGCCGCCCGGGAACUCACGCCCACUCCUGACGACGCCGUGUUUCGUUGGCUCAGCACCGUCUACGCUGACACUAACCGGGUCAUGCAGAACCCGGAACGGCGUGCUUGCCACAACCAAGACUUCGCCUUGGGCGGCAACAUCAUCAACGGAGCUGACUGGCACACUGUCCCUGGGAGCAUGAAUGACUUCAGCUACCUACACACCAACUGCUUCGAGGUCACCAUAGAACUGUCCUGUGACAAGUUCCCGCAUGAGAGUGAGCUGCCCCAGGAAUGGGAGAACAACAAAGAUGCCCUGCUCACCUACCUGGAACAGGUGCGCAUGGCCAUUGUAGGUGUCGUGCGGGACAAGGACACGGAGCAGGGGAUUGCGGAUGCUGUCAUUUCCGUGGAGGGGAUUAACCAUGACGUCACCACAGCAUGGGAUGGGGAUUACUGGAGACUGCUGACUCCUGGAGACUACACGGUGACCGCCAGUGCUGAAGGCUACCACUCAGUCACACGGAACUGUCGGGUCACCUUUGAAGAGGGCCCCUUCCCCUGCAAUUUCCAUCUCACCAAGACACCCAAACAGAGACUGCGAGAGCUGCUGGCAGCAGGGGCCAAGGUGCCCCCCGACCUUCAGAGGCGCCUGGAGCGGCUGAGGAAACAGAAGAAUUAG